CUACGUACAAUUUGUUUCUGCUUUCCGUGACGGCAAGUGUCGAGGUAACGCCGUGCACACAAAACAAACAGUCGGUGGCAGUCGCUUUGGUGGCACAAAUCCAGUCAGAUAAAAAUGUCUCAGAGUUCCGAACCUGCAGCCAACUGCUUCGAUGUGACGGGAGACGCCACGAAGAAAAGGAAAACUGCGCUCAUCACCGGCAUCACUGGUCAGGAUGGCUCAUACCUGGCCGAAUUUCUGCUCUCCAAAGGAUACGAGGUUCACGGCAUUUUGAGACGUUCCAGUUCCUUCAACACGGGACGCAUUGAGCAUCUUUACAAGAACCCGCAGACGCAUACGGAAGGCAAUAUGAAGCUUCACUACGGCGACCUGACGGACAGCACGUGUCUGGUGAAGAUCAUCAACCAAGUGAAACCGACGGAAGUCUACAACCUGGGUGCUCAGAGUCACGUCAAGAUCUCCUUCGAACUGGCCGAGUACACGGCGAACGUGGAUGGCGUGGGAACGCUUCGUCUUUUGGACGCUAUCAAGACGUGCGGCUUGACCAACAGCGUCAAGUUUUAUCAGGCCUCCACCAGCGAGUUGUACGGCAAAGUCCUGGAAAUCCCGCAGACGGAAACCACGCCCUUUUACCCUCGCUCACCUUACGGUGCCGCUAAAUUGUACGCUUACUGGAUCGUGGUCAACUUCAGGGAGGCCUACAACAUGUUUGCCGUCAACGGGAUCCUCUUCAACCACGAGAGUCCGAGGAGAGGGUCCAAUUUUGUGACACGGAAGAUCAGCCGUUCUGUGGCAAAGAUCCACUUGGGCCAACUGGAGAGCUUCAGUCUGGGUAACCUGGAUUCCAAGAGGGAUUGGGGCCACGCCCAAGACUAUGUCAAGGCCAUGUGGCUGAUGCUGCAACAGGAGGAACCCGAUGAUUUCGUCAUAGCAACAGGGGAGGUGCACAGUGUGAGGGAGUUUGUGGAGAAAGCUUUCCAGCACGUGGGGAAGACCAUUGUGUGGAGCGGGAAGGACGAGCACGAGGUUGGCCGUUGCCAGGAGACAGGAGUCGUGCAUGUCAAGGUCAACCCAAAAUAUUUCCGGCCCACAGAAGUGGAUUACCUGCAAGGUGACAGCAGCAAAGCGCACGAGAAGCUGGGCUGGAAGCCCAAGGUGACCUUUGCGGAGCUGGUGAAAGAAAUGGUGGAGGCGGACAUUGCGCUGAUGAAGAAAAACCCAAAUGCCUGAGACGCUCCCUGGGGAACGUCAACGUCUCAACAUUCCCGUCAACACACACCACGAAGGACCAUCACAUUUAAAAAUUAUUGCACUUUAAAAAAAAAAAAAAAUCACGUUUUUAUUAUUAUGAUUCAACAAUGACUCUUUUGUGCUCUAUUAAAGAGCACUUUCAGAACGUGUCAAGAAAUGUACUGGAUGAAGUCCACAUGCAAAUGUAUGUUAUUUUGAAAAGUAAACGCAGAUCAUUGAAACUGUA